AUGGCUACAGUAGCUGGAUUUGCUGCUAUUACGAAUGGCGCUGGUGUCGAUGCCGAUGAAGCCGAUGAUGUCGCUGUUGCUUUUCCUGUUUCUGUUCCUGUGUGGUGUGAUCAACUACAAGGACACACUCGUCAAACAAAAGCAAGUUGUACCAAAUGUAAUAAAAAACAUAACACGUUGCUACAUUUGGAAGUUAACAAUCAAACAAAAAACAUUCAACCUACUUCAAGUGGGUACAAUACUGCAGUUACCACAGCGACAGCAAACACAUCCACAGGUCAUCGUGAAUAUGUUUUUUUGCCAACUGCAACAGUCAAAAUAACUGCACCUAAUGGAAAUACAAGUGAAGUCCGAGCAUUACUAGACUCUGGUUCACAAGUGCACAUAGUCUCUGAGCGUCUUGUCAGAAGGCUCAAUAUAUCAAAAACUAAAACGUUAUUGUGCAUAGAAGGUAUAGGAAAGGUGCACAAAAAUUCAACGCAGCGAGUUAACAUCAAAUUGCAAUCCCUUAACUCGAGGUUCACUACAGAAAUCGAAGCGUUUCUGCUUCCAAAUAUUGUUCCACCUCAACCAAGUUCCAGCUACGAUAUUUCCAAAUGGAAGAUCCCGAACAGCAUUCAGUUAGCAGAUCCAACAUUUUUCCAACAAGGGAAAACUGAUAUUUUACUCGGUGCGGAGUUCUAUUUCAGUCUGUUAAAAAAGGGUAAAAUCACGCUUGCUCCUGGGCUUCCAGUCUUGCAAAAUUCUACACUUGGCUGGAUUGUCAGUGGCAAGGUUGUAUCAAAUACAGACACAUCAAAUGUUUUAUGUGCAGUUUUUGGCGGUGGGGUGGAGGCUGUUAAUAUUUAUAAUAAUUCAUCGUUAGAAGAUGCAAUUGAACGAUUAUGGCGAAUGGAUGAGAACUUUCAUACAAAUAAAGGACGCUUUGUGGUAAGGUUACCAUUUCUGGAAAACUCAUUGACGUUAGGGGAAUCUCAAGAAACAGCUUGGAGAAGGUUCAUCAGUCUUGAACGACGACUAGCAAAAAAUCAUGUUUUGCGGAAACAAUAUGUGCAGUUUAUGGAAGAGUAUGAGCGAUUGGGUCACAUGACUGAAGUAAACCUGGAUUCCAUGUUGACUCCAAGAUAUUUUAUUCCUCAUCAUUGUGUACUAAAACCAGAUAGUACAACUACUAAACUUCGAGUGGUGUUUGACGCAUCAGCCAAAACUACAUCUGGACACUCGUUGAAUGAUUUAAUGUAUAACGGACCGCCAGUUCAAAAUAUCGAGAAAAUGUAUCGUCAAGUUUUGAUAAAUCCUGAAGAUCGGUGCUAUCAACUUAUCAUUUGGAGAAGCAGUCCAAACGAUUCGUUAUUAUCAGCUAAAUACAAUUACAUAUGGGACUCGAGCAGCUCCUUACCUAGCAACAAGAUGUCUGCAAAAGAUAGUAUUAGAAAAUAA